AUGUUAGCGUCAAGGAGUCUCUCGAGACAUUGCUCCAGAACUUAUAAAUGGUCUUUAUCGUCCCUCCUUCAAUCCGAUUCCUGCAGGAACCUGGUUUUGUCAUCGAAUCCGGUUACAAGCAAAGUGAUGACUCAGCCUGGUAGCUCAAAUGAAGGCAAUUCAAAUUCAUUUCCGCCAUUGAUGCAUCAAGUGUUCAAGGGAUGGUCUCGAGCUAUGUCAACAUCGAGAGGACAGAGCAUGAGAAGCAAAGUGGAGAGUAGGAUGCGUAAAGAGUCUGGUAAGACUUUGAGAGAGAUCAGGAGAGCUAAAAAGCUGAAGAAGAAACUCAUGACUGAUGAAGAAAGACUUAUCUACAACCUCAAAAGGGCAAAGAAGAAAGUUGCGCUUCUGUUGCAAAAGCUAAAGAAGUACGACCUUCCUGAGCUGCCAUCUCCGGUGCACGAUCCCGAGCUUUUCACACCAGAGCAGGUCCAAGCGGUCAAGAAAAUCGGUUUCAAGAAUAAGAACUACGUUCCUGUUGGUGUUCGUGGAGUCUUUGGAGGAGUGGUCCAAAAUAUGCAUAUGCACUGGAAGUUUCAUGAGACGGUCCAAGUUUGCUGCGACAACUUCCCAAAGGAAAAGAUUAAAGAGAUGGCGACCAUGAUAGCGAGACUCAGUGGUGGAAUAGUCAUAAACAUACAUAACGUAAAAACUAUUAUCAUGUUCCGUGGUAGAAACUACAGGCAGCCCAAGAACCUAAUCCCUGUCAAUACCCUCACAAAACGGAAGGCUUUGUUUAAAGCGAGAUUCGAGCAAGCGCUUGAAUCACAGAAGCUGAACAUAAAGAAAACAGAACAGCAGCUGCGGCGAAUGGGUGUUAACCCGGAAGAUCCUGUUGCCAUGGCUAGUAUCCAGAGAGUGGCGUCAACGUUCUUCAAUGCAAUCGACAAGAAAGAAGGAAGCCCUUAUGUCUUCCAUGGAGAUAAGCAACAGUCAGGACGAGGGCCUAGCGUUGGAAAUAUAGAAGAAUCAGAAGAAUCAGAACCGGUUGAUGAAGAUAGUGACCAGGAGGAGCUAGACAGAUUCAUAGCCGAGAUAGAGGAGGCAGCAGACAAAGAGUGGGAGGAAGAGGAAGCUGCGGAGCAAGAAGAAUCCGGUAGGAUAAGGUAUUGGAACCGAGAAGAGUUUGCAGGGAGAAGCAGAGGACCUGAAAUGCGUAGCUAUGGAGACUCAGGAGGUCAUGGAUUUAGAAGGAAUGAAAGGGAUACACGUGGCCAGAGGAGAUCCAACGAUAGUGAUGAUGACAGUGAUCAGUUGGAUUCUGAGGAUGAUGAAAUCCCGAAGAGAUUUGAUAGAGCAAGACCAGAUACGAGAAGACAAGGAAGGGAUUUUCAGAGGAGAAGCCCUGAUCCUAUACCUAGAGCGAGGAGUGAGGAAGAUGAGUUGAGUGAUCUUGAUAACACAAUGUGGGAUUCGGGAGAUGAGGAUGAUGCACCAGCUAAUUAUAUCUCGAGCAGUAGCGAUGGGGACGAAGAUGGAGACAGGACAGUAUCAGGCUCGAGAUUCAGGAACAAUAAUAGUUCAAGAGAUCAUUCAAAGACGAAGAGUGGGAAACAGAGGGAUGAGGAUUGGGAUAGUGAUUAG